CCGAACGCGACGGUUCAGCUUAAGCGGUUUCUUUCAAAUAAGCGGAUCGAAUUCUCUGCCCGCAGAUUGUUUAAUAAUUAAUGCAAACUCGCAGCGAUAGUAAUAAAUUUAAAUAACAACAAUAAAAUAAACUUAAGUUCAGCAAAAACCGAAACCCGUUCUCGAUCAACGCAAACAAAGCACUCCCCACUCUCCAAGUCUCUAGAAAAUGGGAACGAAGAUCGAGUACGUGGACACCACGCAUCUGUACGCCUCCAAGUACAUCCGCAACUCAAAGGCGAUCGGCGUGCUGUGGGCCAUCUUCACCAUCUGCUAUGCGAUCAUCGGCAUCGUGGCAUUCGUGACGCCAGAGUGGAUCGGGGAUCCGGACAACGAUGGAGCCGGUCGUCUGGGCCUCUGGCAGCAGUGCCAGCGGGACGAGAUCUUCGACAACUGCCGCAGGAGAUGGGAGAGCAUCUUCGAGGUGCCCACGUUCUCCUUUCAGUUGGCCACAUUCUUCAUGCUGGGCGCCAUCGCUUUGGCCUUGUUGACCAUAUUCUUCUUGGUUUGCUUGCUGUUUAUGAAGUCAACGCGUGUUUUCCACCUUUGUGGUUGGAUGCAAAUUAUAUCAGCUCUUUGCAUGAUUGUGGCGUGCGCGGCGUUUCCCUUUGGCUGGAAUUCGGACGAUUUCCGUAAGAUCUGCGGCCCGGAAGCGAAUCGCUUCGAGCUGGGCUUGUGCGGAAUCCGAUGGGCUUAUCCACUGGCCAUAAUCGGCUGCAUCGAUGGCGUGGUCUUGGCCACCUUGGCGUUUAUCUUGGCCACGAGGCACGUGCGCCUGCAGCCAGACCCAAUUUACCAGAAUUCGCUUUACAAAGGUGAAAUCAACAAUGCGUAUCUCACAGAUGCCAUCAGUUUGGCGGGCUCGAGGAAAUCCAAUCCCCGGAUUACUGGCUUGAAUUUGCAGCCCAUUUUGUUGGUGGCCCCGCCCAAUGAGGACAGCAUAUCGCAGUUUUCUCGUUAUCACUGAGGGAAACUUUUGAACAGCCAGGACAGCAACCAACCAAGCUUAGUUUGUUCGACAACCAGGGGUGGAACUCUGCUUAAAGUUUUUCCUAAAGAUUUGAGUUUUGCUUUGUACCGCUGAUUUGCUUUGCCGCAGAUCUAAGCUUGAAACACGAAGGUGUAUGUAUUUGUGAGUGAGUCAAAGAGUGAAUGAUUUUGUAAAUGCCACUUUGCCCGACUGAAUGCCAACUUGUAGUUGUAAGCUUGGAUCUUAGAGUUAAACUUAACAUUUCGUGUGAAUAGCUCGUGCCUAAAUGUAUGCUUCGAAUAAGAGAACAAAGAGCGACUCAAAGCUCUGCCUGUAAAUUAUAUACCCAUAAACAAUAAACAUGUACAAAUAUUAAACAUAAAA